AUGUGUGAGAUGUCUGAGAUCCUUUCUGCUGCUCACUGCGCUUCGGAAUCCUGGCUCAUAAGAUGGCUGCCGAUGGACGCUGUAGCUGGUAUGCACAACGUUAACGUAUUUAAAUCUCCAGUGCAAGUGAACCAAAUUAAGGAACGAAUACGUCAUCCACUGUAUAAUGGUGGUAUUGGUCCACACGACAUAGCACUUUUUAAAACAAUGUUACCCUUCAGAUUUACAAAGGCAGUCAAGCCCAUUAAACUUCCAACUAAUUUUAAUAACGAACCUAGUGCAAGCGCUUUGAAAGUGAUAGGUUGGGGUGCUCUUAGUACAACAUUUUUCUUUCCUGAUUUGCCUGAUAAUCUGCAGGAAGUUAAAGUUAAAGCUAUUCCAUUUAGAGAUUGCUAUAAUCUGAUCGAGGCACUAAAAGAAAUAUACGAAUCAAAUCCUUUGGACAAACAAUCUAAUUUGUGCACUGGCCCUACAUCUGGUGGAAUUGCCGCCUGCGCAGGAGACUCAGGCGGCCCUCUUGUUCAAAUUAGAAAUAUCGAUCCACCUACUACUAACCCUGUUGAAGAAAAUGUUGAAAUUCACAAUGCAAGCCUGUACAAGAAAGAACAGGGAAGACUUGAAGAAGGGAAACCUCAAGCAGAUAAUGUUGAGUCAGUACUUCUGGGUGUGGUAUCCUGGGGUGUGUCGCCCUGUGGUGAAGUAGGGGCACCAACGGUCUACACAAAUGUCUCCAAUUACAUAGAUUUUAUCAACUACGCUAUUAAAACAUAA